CCGGAAGCUAAGAGUUAUUCGUCUUGAUUGGAGUAGUACACCCGGGGUAACAGGAAAUAGCUGGGAAUUGUGGGUGUAAAGAACGCGAAAGUUCUAGUUAUUUUUCCUUCGGUGGGCGAAAGGGGUCUAUGAAAUAUUGAGCGGAAGUCACGUUAAGAGCGUUUCUCUCACUGUCGGCGCAGUGGACGCCUGUCGGAGGAGCGCGGUACUGCAGCCCGCGGCGCGCGUGCCCGCCCGUUUCCAGCCGCCGUCUCGAUGGAGGAGGAGAAGGGGCGCGCGGAGCCCGAAGCGCGUCUUUCCGAGCGGGAGAACAGAAACCAUGGCAACGGCAGUGUCCUUUCUGCGUCUGCAGUGAGGGACCCGCGUUCUCUAUCAUACUAGUGUCGGCGGCAAAGCAGUUCUUUCUUGUGUCCGAGCACAAACAAAGACGUGGUGGUGUCUGGUGAGACAUCUCAGACUGACUGAGUCAGGGUUCCGCUGCAGUGAAUGAUGAGCAACUUGGUGAAAGUUUCCGUUCCUCUCAAACAAAGCGAUGCACGAAUGACCUUUUCUGGUGCAGCUCAGAGUGGAAUGGGUGUCUUCUAUCAAGCUAUUCCUGAUGUUGGGGCUGAUGGGAAAAAUGUAAUGAAGCUCAUUCCAGUCCAGAGGGUCAAUGGACAGUUUGUUAGAACACAUAUUAGCUCUAACGUGCCUAACACUUGCAAAAAUCCAGACAGUGAAACCCAAAGGGUAUUUGCCCAACCAAUCCAUUUCACUCCUGCUUCACGCAGUAGUUUUCCUGUUACAAGAUACGUGCUGCAAAGUCCAUCUGAUGUGAACUUCACAGUUAACCCUGUCAAUGGGACAGGAAAUUUACAGGAAAGAGUAACUGUAACAAGGAACACACCAAUACAGGUCCACGUUCCUAUAGUGACUGCCAAGGUCACCCCAAAUGUAGUGCCUGCAGCACCACCUGUGUUGAAUUGUGGAAAAACAAUAGCACUUGUCAAUAAGAAGCAAUUACAAGUGGCAGUAAAAUCUCCAGCACUCCCUAGUGGACAUUAUCUUCAAAUCCCACCCAACGCUGAAGUGAAAAGCAUUCCAGCAUCUGCACUUCCUCAUGCAAUAAAAAAGCACAUACUCACUCCACCAGAGAAUAGCAGUUUGGAUGUCUCAGCUGCCACAAAAAGUCUGCCGACUGUUGUUUAUGUGUCUCCAGUUAAUGCCCUGAAACUAAACAGUCAAGCACAGACUGAUUCAACGCGUCCUGCUGCCCUUAGUGUCAAACCUUCACCGAAAACAUUUCCUCAGCCUCUCUCUGUUCCUGCUGCAAGCUUCUCUCAGCCUGCAAAGAGCAUUAGUAAGACAAACCAAGCCCCUGGAACGCCAUUUAAAUGGGUAGUUCAAGAACGGUCUGACAUGAAUGCACCGUUCCUUGUUCCACAGGACUCUUCUAUGACCUUGGAUAUUCUGAGAACUCUCGCUCAGAUGGAGAAAGCGCAGCAAAGCGUUUCCAGUAACUCCUCUCCCAGCGACAAUAAGUCACCUGUCAUCCCAGGGAUGGACAAUGCUUUGGUCAUGUGCAAAGGGAAAAUGUUCUUUGUAGCCAAGAAAAUGUCAGAGUUUGAUCAUCCAAGUUCACUGCAGAAAACCAGCAGAAAUGCUGGUAGCCCAUCAAAGCGCGUUAUGACAGAAACCAAAAUUCAGCCGUCCCCUAACCAGUCUUCUAGCACUUCACAUGAAUUACCAAAAUGCAAAGUGCCAAGACUAGACACAAGGUGUAUUACCAGCAGUAACAAGGUAGAUGAGGUUAUUGACUUGUGUGAUGAUGAUCCUCAAGAACAAUAUGUGAGUCUGAAGGUGAAAGGCGGUGAUUCACUUGAGUCAACCUCUAGCAAAGUAGUAGAUGUUGAAGAAGUAGAAGAUGAAGAUUCUAACGUGAUUUUCGUUUCAUACAUUCCACCUAAAUCAAGUAAAGUAGCUGAACAGGAAAGAGAACUAUGUGAAAAGUUUACAGAAACAGAGAUGGAAAUCAGACAGGAAGAGGAAAUUGAAAAUUCUCAGACUGACGUCCUAGAAAAUGCGACAAAGCAGGAAAACAAAAUCUGUGAAGAACCUGGAACUGAUCAAACCACAGAAGAAACCCAAGAAGAGGGAACGGCCAGAAUCAAUCCGGUAGAAGAACCUGGAACUAAUCAAACCACAGAAGAAACCCAAGAAGAGGGAACGGGCAGAAUCAAUCCGGGCGUGGUUUCUGAGAGGGAAAACACACCUGAGAGUGAUGUGCAGCUGAAGAGAAAAUUUGGGAUCACAGCUGACGUCCAAAUAGUUUUACAAAGGAUCUCUUCCACUGAGUCAAAGGCAUCUCCAAAGAAGGUCCCUAAAAUUGGUUCAAUUAACAAACGUACAUUAGAUGGCAUUCGGAAGCUAAUACAGAGCUCACGGAUUGAAAUGAAAACAAAAAAGCUUAUUGAAACACAGGUCCCUUCUCCAAAGAGAGAGACAAAUCUUCAUGAGAGCAACCUCCAUGAUGUAAAGAGGAAGGCAGAGAAGCAGUUUGAAAACACUGUUGGUGAAGAUACAAGUCAAGGGAACAUCUUAAGACCAGAGGGUAGUCCUUCUGCAGAGAUAGAACCUGCAUCACGUAUAGAAACUUUUAGAGAGCAAAGGGAUGAGGAAACAAGUGAAUCUAGUGCUACGUCAAAGCAAUCAGAUUGCAUAGCUUCAACUUCAGGAACCCCAGAGUCUAUGGAGGUGGCCAAGCAGGCACCAGAUGUCGAGGAGAAUAUUACGGAGGAAUCAGAACCUGCAACAGUCUCAAAUGGAUGCCCACUGGCAGAGGCUGGGUUGAGAAGUGGUGGUGUGCCCUCCAGCAGCGUCUUGCAGUCCAAGGUCACACCGCCAAAGAAGGGGAAAGGAAAACAGUGCAGAGCAGUGCAGACAAAUGCAACGUUUGAUUUGCUGACGCUUGAGAGCAUGGAUGUCUGCGACUCAUCUGCUGUGUUGUUAGAAUCCAGCCCAUCAAGAACCUCCAGUAACGGAACUAGAUCCAGUGAGCUUGAGGUAGCUGAUGUGGAACUAAAGGAAUACCUUCAAGAUGCAGUGCCCACUGUGACUAGUGCCGAAGACACAGGGCCAGACUCUGUGGGGGAAUGCUGCCUGCCAACCUUGACGGAGUCCACUUCUGGCUUAAUUGAUGAACCGCCAUGGAACGAUUUCUUCUCUGCAGCACCCAUGGACCCAGAAGAAAUCAAGCGACAUGAGAAAAUUAAACGGCUGAAGGAGCUCCUUAAGGAAAAAGAAGCAGCCCUCGAAAAGAUACGAAAAAAUAUGCUAUAAGGUGUUUUAUUGGACAAUGUACAGUGUUGAAUAAUUUAUUGAAAUUCCUACAAAACAUGUAUAAUGUUUUUUCUAUAUCAUUGCAGGUCCAUUUAAAAGUAACAGUUUUAGUGGUGAGCAUUAUUAGUGUGAUUUCUUCCUGUCAGUUAUACUUUUACACUGAUCAUCCACAACAUUAAAACCACUGACAGGUGAAGUGAAUACCAUUGAUUAAGUCGGUACGAUGGCACCUGUCAAGGGGUGUGAUGUAUUAGGCAGCAAGUGAAUAGUCAGCUGUUGAAUUUGAUGUGUCGGAAGCAGGAAAAAUGGGUAAGCAUAUGGAUCUGAGCGGCUUUGACAAGGGCCAAAUUGUGAUGGCUAGACAACUGGGUCGGAGCAUCUCCAAAACAGCAGGUC